AUGGUUCCCGCUAGGCCGAACGAGCGUUUGCCAGCAGCAGGGACGUGCCAAGCUGCCAGGAAGGGUCCCCUCUCGCCCUGUGCUGCUGCUGCUGAUGCUGCUACAGAGGAGAGGACAAGCAUUCCGCCCAGUCGUAGGGCCAAGAAACGGCCAAAUGUCUCGUCUGCUGCAGCCUCGAGGUUUCGUGAUGGGCCUGCUUGUGAAGUGUGGCACACUUUUGUUCCUCUCUGCCUCGGCCUUAUGAGAGUAGAAGAAGGACGGGGUGAUAUUAUUUGUUGCCCAAACAUCGUCGCUGGCUUGGGCCUGCGCACUCCGCGGACUGCCUUACAGGAGUGUACUCCGGAGACAGAUUCGCGAAUGGCGAUUGCAAUACUCUGUGACGCCGUCGUUUAUUCAUCUUUACAUUUUUCGUUGAGACGACACACAGACCUCGUCGAUGUCCUAGAUCGUCGACGGGUGCCAGACGAGAUCCGUCAUGCCACCCGCAGGAAAGGUGAUCCCGGCGUCAAAACGUGA